AUGGGCGGCGCGACGGUUGGUGGCCGGACCGACCAGCCGCUGGAGACAGGCUCCGGGGCGGCCGCUGGGGUCGGCCCACAACGGCCCGAGGGCCAGAGCCCUCCCCCAAAAAGGAGGAAGGCAGAGCCUGGACCGAAGCCGCAGAGCCCUGAUUUUCGGAUCCCAGAGUCUCAGUGGCAGUAUCGCGGGCCCAAAACCACGCCGCCCAAGGACUCCGUAGGGGGCCAGAAGCAAUCGGAGCAGCUGAGGCCAACCCCAGUCCCUGGGCCGAGCGUGUCGGUGGACCCCGAACCGAGGGCACCGGCCAGCUCUAAGCCGAGGGUCCCGGCUGGUCCCGAGCAGAAGGCCUCGGCCAGACCUGAGCAGAGAGCCCCGGCCGAACCUGCCCCGAGCCCUCCAAGGAAGGAGCGAGCGGCCGCCGGAGAGGUGGUCGCGACAAGGGCGGUGCCGGCACGGCCGCCGUAG